CCCAUCUCAAAUCCAAAAACAAAUAGUACUACAUACUGUAUAAUUAAUUAACUACUACUAAACCUAAUCUUCUUCAAUCUUGUCUGUAUUUUCGCCUUCUCAGUGGCUGCGCUGCAUCUCCAAAUUUUCUUCACACUCUCCAUAAUCAGAGAGAUGCAAAUCUUCGUGAAAACCCUAACCGGCAAAACCAUCACUCUCGAAGUCGAGAGCUCAGACACAAUCGACAAUGUCAAGGCGAAGAUCCAGGACAAGGAAGGGAUUCCGCCGGAUCAGCAGCGCCUGAUUUUCGCCGGGAAGCAGUUGGAGGACGGCAGAACCCUCGCCGAUUACAACAUUCAGAAGGAAUCCACGCUGCACCUCGGCGGGAUUCCUUUCGUGGCCAAUCACUUGUUGAAGAAGAUCACCCAGCUAAACGAGACCUCGUCCUCGUUGAUCAAGACCUGGUCUAGGGCUUCCACCAUCAUUCCGGAAAUGGUCGGGCACCGCGUUGCCGUCUACGAUGGGAGGAAACACGUGCCGUUUCGUAUUUCUGAGAAUAUGGCGGGGCAUAAAUUGGGGGAAUUGAAGCCGCGGCGCCACAACCACAACCACAACCGGAAGGAGGUUCAAGUAAGCCACUCUUGCGGAAGAGGUGUUCGUUCAUCCAAAAUGGUUUUGCCAGCAGAAAUACUUACUAUCCAGAGCUGAAUCGACGUGUCUGUGCAAUUUGAAUGGCGUCUGCCAAAUGUAGUCUGUCUCGUAAGUCUAAAUCUAUUUGGAUCUGCAUCACAUGAAACAAAUAUUCAUCAAGUGUCAAUGUAGUACUUAAAAAAUCUCAAUUUAAA